AAGUGGGUGCUUAUACAAAAAAAAAAAGGGAAGAAGUGGGUGAGCAUUCUACACGUCUCUGAUAUUUUCACUCUCCAGUGUGUCCAAUGAAGAAAGCAGAGCUAGUUUUCGUUCCUGCACCGGGUAUGGGUCACCUCGUUUCAAUACUGGAGAUUGCAAAGCUUCUCGUUUCUCGAGAUGACAGGCUCUGUAUCACAGUCCUCAUCAUGAGGCUUUCAAUAGAUUCCAAGCUGGCCGCCUACAUCAAAUCUCUCAAUGAUUCCUCGUAUACUGAAUGUGUACAGUUUAUUGAUCUCCCUCAAACUUCUUUCAAACAAGAAACCAAACCCAUGGUUUUCGUUUCUUCAUUCAUUGAAAGUCAGAAACCCCAUGUUAAAGAAGCUGUUACUAAGCUCAAACAGACAAGGUCAGGUUCUAACUCUCCUCGACUUGCCGGAUUUGUGGUCGACAUGAUCUGUUCAUCUAUGGUAGACGUGGCUAAUGACUUUGGGGUACCUACUUAUUUGUUUUGCCCAUCGAGUGCAAGCUUUCUCAGACUCAUGCUUCAUCUCCAAACCCUUCGUGAUGAGCAAAAGCAGGAUAUAACUGAGUUCAAAGACUCAGAUGCUGAGUUGGCCUUGUCAAGUUUUGUGAACCCAAUCCCAGCUAGGGUCUUGCCUGGUGUGGUGCUCGACAGAGAAGGGGGCACUCUGGUCCUUGAUUAUGCUAGAAGGUGGAGAGAAACUAAAGGUAUCAUUGUGAACACGUUUUUGGAACUCGAAUCCUAUGCAAUUCACUCAUUUUCUGAUGCUACAAAUACUCCACCUGUUUACCCUGUGGGACCCAUCUUGAACUUGAAGGGUGAAGAUAGUCAUGUGGGGUCGGGUGAUCAAAGCUCUGAUAUCAUGAAAUGGCUUGAUGAUCAGCCUCAAUCAUCUGUGGUGUUCUUGUGCUUUGGGAGUAGGGGGGGUUUUGGUGACAAUCAAGUGAAGGAGAUUGCAAAAGCAUUAGAACGAGGUGGGUUUCCAUUUUUGUGGUCCUUACGCCGACCCCCUCCAAAGGGAGGGGUCUUUGCAUUUCCCACUGAGCAUGAGAAUUUGGAGGAAGUCUUGCCAGAAGGAUUUUUGGAUCGGACGGCUAGGAUUGGAAAGAUCAUUGGAUGGGCUCCACAAGUGGCAAUCUUAUCACAUCCUGCAAUUGGAGGCUUUGUAUCGCAUUGCGGGUGGAAUUCAAUAUUGGAAAGCCUUUGGUUUGGUGUGCCAAUUGCUACAUGGCCACUCUAUGCUGAACAACAGUUUAAUGCCUUUGAGAUGGUCAAGGAGAUGGAAUUAGCUGCGGAGAUCGUGUUGGAUUAUCUAACAGAAUAUACUGAUAACCAAAUUAUUGUGACUUCUGAGGAGAUUGAAAGAGGAAUAAAGCAACUAAUGGAGAAUGAUAGCAAGAUUAGAAAAAAUGUGAAGGAGAUGACUGAAAAAGGUAGGAAGGCCUUGAUGGAUGGUGGAUCUUCCCACUUUUCAUUGGGUCGAAUAAUUGAUGAUGUUAUUACAGAUAGUAUGCCAUGAACUUAUUGUGUUUUUUUAUUUUACUUUCAAAGCAUUAAUUGUGCUUUAUGUUUCUAAAUCAUUUCUGUUUUGUUUUUUGUUUUUUUUUUUAGGCUGAGCCCUUAUCUUAUAUCUUAAUAUUAAUCUAUAUAUAAAAAGUGAGAGUUUGAACGGUUUUGU